AUGGAGCAUCGUCCCUAUUUGCACGGCGUGGAGAAGGAUGGAGAGGAGAAGAAUUUUGCAGUCGAUGCGUUUGGUGAUGAAACAAAUGCAGAGAUCAAGUACAAAGUUCUUACGUGGUGGCAGUGCGGUUUACUUAUGAUUGCGGAAAAUGUUUCGUUAGGAGUUUUGUCCCUGCCCGCUGCAGUUGCUGCAUUAGGUUUGGCACCAGCUAUCAUCCUCAUUAUCGGCCUCGGAGUUAUCGCGACGUAUACUGGAUAUGUUCUUGGGCAAUUUAAAUGGAGGUUUCCUCAAGUUUGCAACAUGGCAGAUGCAGGACAGGUAUUGAUGGGACAAGCUGGCCGCGAGAUCCUGGGAAUUGGGCAGCUGCUGUUCUUUAUCUUCAUUAUGGGCAGUCAUCUCUUGACCUUUUCGGUGGCAUUGAACACCCUGACCAAUCAUGGCACUUGCUCUAUUGUCUUUGGAGUUGUUGGCCUUGUGAUUGCGUUUGCUUGCUCUUUGCCUCGAACGCUCGCCAACAUCUCGUGGUUUUCAAUGAUAUCAUUUGCAAGUAUCAUAUCUGCCGUCUUCAUUACCAUAAUUGGUGUGGGCAUCGAGAGGCCAAACACCGGGGUCGUCGAGGCUGCUGUUGAUACCAGCUUAGAGAGUGCAUUCUCGGCCGUGCUGAACAUUAUCUUUUCAUACGCUGGGCAUGUCGCCUUUUUUAGCUUCAUGGCCGAGCUGAGAGACCCUCGUGACUAUCCCAAGGCUCUGUGCAUGAUGCAGGCAGUGGAGAUGGUUCUAUAUAUUGUGGCUGGUGUUGUUCUCUAUUACUAUGCUGGCGCUGACGUUGCCUCGCCCGCCUUAGGCUCGGCAUCCCCUGUUGUAGCCAAGGUGGCUUAUGGAAUAGCUCUGCCUGCUAUUUUGAUUUCCGGAGUUGUCUGUGGCCAUGUUGCGGCAAAGGGAAUAUACACGCGGGUCUUCAGCGGCACAGACCGUGUCCACAAGCGAGACCUUGUUGCAAUCGGCUCCUGGACUGGAAUUGUAGCGGGUGUGUGGAUCAUUGCCUGGGUCAUCGCCGAGGCAAUUCCCGUUUUCAGCAGCCUGCUCAAUCUCAUAAGUUCCCUGUUCGCGAGCUGGUACUCGUUCGGCCUGGCUGGAUUUUGCUGGCUGUAUAUGAACAAAGGUCUCUAUACAAAGUCCUGGUCGAAGAUUCUGCUGACCAUCAUCAAUGUCGCUUUACUUGGAAUUGCGGCGUGCAUAUGUGGGCUGGGCCUGUAUGUGUCUGGCAAAGGGAUACAUGAUAACCCUGCCAGUGCUAGCUUUUCCUGUGCAAAUAAUGCUUGA